UGUUAAACCCUCUCUCUCGGAAACACCCUCUCAAAAACCCUAGACAGGGGGCGGCGGAGAGGUAGAGAUCUCGAGAGACCGCCAUGGCUCGAUCGCGGCGGAAGUACAAGAAAUCCAGGACCAAGGUCCGGGUCGGGCUCCCCAAGAAGAAGCCCGAUGUCUUCAAGCCCGCUGUCAACAUUCCGCCGGCUCUCGCCGCCGCCGCUGCCGCCGGGGGAAAGGGGGAGUGGAACAACAAGGGCACCGUCAUCCGCAACUACCGCUCCUUUGGCGUCGUCGCGAACCCUAACCUCCUCGGCGUCCGCGCCCGCACUCCUCACAUCGUCCAGAGCUCCUCCCUUCAGAUCCCCGACCGUGAGGCGCCGCCCGUCUCCGAGUUCGAUCCCAUUGACAGCGGCAGCGAUCUCGAAUCCGACGAUUUGAAGUCUGCACUGAGGAAAAAGCGAAGGGAUGGAAAAACAGCGCCUUUGCAGCCCCUGACCAGAAUGCAACGCGUUUUUAUUGGGAGAUUGAUUGAUAAGUAUGGUGACGACCACCAGGCAAUGUUCCUGGAUACAAAGCUGAAUUCAAUGCAACAUUCGGUCGCUACCCUGCAGAAGCUAUGCCAAAGAUAUUAUGUGCAAGGAAAGCAUUUUAUCACAUCCUAGAGAUUUUGUAAGAGAUGCUUAUGAGGGCCUUGUUUUUCUUUGGGUAUCAGGAGUCUCAUGGCUGUUGCAUGAGUGUCGUGCGCUUGUUUUAGAAAAUGACCUUGAUGAGAACAUAAUUAGCGGAUUUUAAAGAAUGAGUACUCGAGAAUUUGGGGCUCCUUAACUUUGUAAUGUUGUUAGAAAAGAAAAUUUAACGAAGUGGUAGUAUUAGUUGGUGUCCAA